CCAAACCCAGCGUAAAGAUAUUCUGAGAGGUCAUCGUGUCGCUACACUAGACUACACUUGGUUCGACCUACCGGUGCUGCGAAAAAUGGGAUAUGGCGGUGGAACAGCAGCAGGAAGGACACUUCUUCUUAGCCUUUCUCUCUCCUCCUCCUCAUCGUCAUCUUCAGUCUCAACCCGCUUCUCUUUCUCUCUCCUCUCCCCAGCCAAACGUUUCUCUCUCUUCAAACUCUCUUCCCCAUCUCCCCCAAGGUUUAUCCUAGGGUUUAGGCCUCUGUGCUCCAUUCCCACCUCCACUGCCACCGUCACAACAGAGGAAGCAUUAGAGCCCAUAAAGCACUCAAUCCUCCUCGAGAGGCUCAGAGUCAGACACCUCAAGGACUCCUCCUCAAAAACCCCAGCAACCAGACCUCCGCCACCGCCGUCGGCCUCUUCGGUGGAUGGUGAUGGGUCGAAGACGAAGAAAAAGAAGAAAAGUGGAGUCUUGGCGUCGAGUUUUGAGGAGCUGGGGUUGACUGAGGAGGUCAUGGGGGCUUUGGUGGAAUUGGGUAUUUCGGUCCCUACUGAGAUUCAGAGUAUUGGGAUACCUGCUGUGCUUGAAGGGAAGAGUGUGGUGUUGGGUUCUCAUACCGGCUCUGGCAAGACUCUUGCCUACAUGUUGCCUCUUGCUCAGUUGUUGAGACAAGAUGAGGCAUUGUAUGGUAUGCUAAUGAAGCCCAGACGUCCUCGGGCUGUUGUGUUGUGCCCUACAAGAGAGCUAUCCGAGCAGGUGUUCCGUGUGGCAAAGUCUAUCAGCCAUCAUGCACGAUUCAGGUCUACCAUGGUAAGUGGUGGUACCCGUUUAAGACCUCAAGAGGAUUCAUUGAACACCCCUAUUGACAUGGUAGUGGGGACCCCUGGUCGGGUUCUGCAACAUAUUGAGGAGGGGAACAUGGUUUAUGGUGACAUCAAAUACUUGGUGUUGGAUGAGGCAGAUACCAUGUUUGAUCGUGGGUUUGGUCCUGAAAUUCGCAAGUUUCUUGGACCCUUGAAAAAUCGCGCAUCAAAAUCUGAUGAUAAUGGAUUUCAAACUGUUUUGGUCUCUGCAACAAUGACAAAGGCAGUACAAAAGCUGGUUGAUGAAGAGUUUCAAGGAAUUAUACAUCUGCGCACUUCAACAUUGCAUAAGAAGAUUGCAUCUGCUCGCCAUGAUUUUAUCAAACUUUCAGGUUCUGAAAACAAGCUGGAGGCAUUGCUACAGGUCCUCGAGCCAAGUUUAGCAAAGGGAAAUAGAGUGAUGGUGUUUUGCAACACGUUGAAUUCUAGUCGUGCUGUGGACCACUUUCUCAGUGAAAAUCAAAUCUCUACUGUUAAUUACCACGGAGAGGUGCCAGCAGAACAAAGGGUUGAAAACCUCCAAAAGUUUAAGAGUAAUGAUGGAGAUUGCCCCACGUUGGUGUGCACGGAUUUGGCUGCUAGGGGACUGGACUUGGAUGUGGAUCACGUCAUUAUGUUUGAUUUUCCCUUGACCUCUAUUGACUACCUCCAUCGGACUGGAAGAACUGCUCGCAUGGGUGCUAAAGGUAAGGUGACAAGUUUAGUUGCCAAGAAGGACCAGACUCUGGCCGCUCGGAUUGAGGAUGCUAUAAUGAAAAACGAGAGCUUGGAAUCCCUCACUGUAGAUAACGUCAAGAGAGACAUUGCCAGGUCCCGAAUAACUGAGCAAAAGAAUUUCAAAUCAGCAAAAAUUUCAAACCAGAACAAGUCUAAAGCUGCACCGGUGAAGUCAUCGAGUGUUCCAAACCAGAAAAACAAGAGCAAAGCUACAUCAAUGAAAUCAUCAAGUGACCGUGGCAAGGUUUUAUUUACCAAAAAGAGCUCGGGAACAAAACCUGGAAAAGGGUCAGCACCAUCCAAGUAUCCAAAGACAGCAAUUAAAGUGUCCAAGUCAUUUAAAUCUUCGAGUGCAAGUACUUCAAAACGCUCUUUUCUUGGUGGGAAGAAAAUAAUGGACAGCAGGAAGUCUGGUGGUGUGAAAUCCACAACUUCAAAACUAAAUGUUGUAGGGUUCAGGGGGAGGAGUUCUUUGUCUGACAAGAAACAGCCCUUGAGAGUCAACUAAUUGUAGCCACAAUUUUGGAUCGUGUGAAUUAAAAGCUCAUUACGAUUUGCACUUGAGUGUAUUGUUUUCCAAGUUA